UUAUGUAUCUAUACAUUCACGAUUCACUUGGAUCGUACCAUUUAUCAUUGUAAUGUAAACACGUGCUAUUAUUUAAAGUAGACGCAUAACAUAAUUUAUUUGUCGAGGAGCAUCGAGGAAUUAACAAGAGAUUAAAAAUAUGACACGUUCAAUGUGAUUGAAUAAAAAUACGAAAAUAAAAGGAGAAAUAUUAUUUGUAAGAAAUAUAUCAAGAGAAUCAAACAAGUUGGCUGAGAUUUGUGGCGUUUAUAUAUGAACUGUUUCUCCAUAUAUCCUCGAUGAAUUGAAUACUGAUCUCUUAUUCGGUUGUCCGAAAUUAUACACAAAGCGUAGACUGAUAUACAAAUCGAGAACGUUAAAAAAUCAUAAAGUUUCAUAGUGUAAAAAUAUUUUAAUUAAACAUAUAAAACACGAACAAGAAAUUAUAGAAAUGGAAACAUCCUGGUUUCCUCGUCUGGUUGCUCAUCAUCCAUAUAUAAUUUUGAUGGUGGUUUUUGCAUUUUCAUCGAUAUGUCUAAUUAUUCCUCUUACAACUAGAAAGUUUCCAGAUUUUUCGGAUCCUCAAAUGGGUUUUGAAGCAAGAGGUACAGUUUUAUCACAAAGACUUACAGCUUGGGAUCAUUUAAUGGAAGCUACAAAGGCAAGAGGAGAACUUACUGAUAAUCCUAUUGAAUAUCACCAAUACAUACGUACUCAACUAAAUCAACAGUCUAAUAUGCAUACACAAAAUCAUAGUUCGUCUAUUCAGAAUACUCACAGAAAAAAACAAAAAAAAAAUAAAAAUAAACGAAAAGGAAAAAAACAUCAAAAGCAACUAAAUGAUACAAGUUUAAUAGGAAUAAACGAGAAUAAAGAUAAAUGGAAUGAAUUAAUAGAAAUGAAAGAUAAACAUGAUAUAAAUGUUACAAUGGAUGACAAAAAUCAGAAUCAGUUUGAUAGUGAUAAUUUUUUCUGUAAUUUACCAACUUCUUCAUACGCUCGUGUUGUAAUUGCUGUGAAUGCUGAAGAGAAAAAUCUGUGGUCAAUGGAAGGUGUAUUAGCUCAAUGCCACAUCGAUGGUGUACUUCGUGCAAAUGCUCAUUUUUCAUCUCUUUGUCAGACAGAAGAGCACAAUAGUCAUAAAUGUUGCAGAAGCUGGUCCCCAGCUAACUAUGUGGCACUUUUAUCCAAUCGUAGUUCUUGCUUAGGAGUAACAGAAAAUGAUUUGAUUAAAGUGAAAACGCUUUUGCAACAGUGUGCUCAUUAUUACCAUAAUCAUAAGUUAUUGCCUAAUUGUGCAGAAGAUUUUAAUUGCCAAAAACAUGUGCCAACUGAAUGUUACAUGAGAAAUGCAGCUUACCAUUUAUUGCACUAUCUUUUGGAUGUUAAUUUUAUUCCGAAUCCGAAUAUGGAUUCGAAAAAUAGACAAAAUUUGACAUUGCAGUCUGCCAUGUUAUUUCUUCCAAUUGCAGCAAGCUCUGCAACUUUAGAUUUUUAUAAAACGAUAAAGAACAAUGAUUUAAUGUAUGGAAAUUUUCGUGUUCAAGGCAUGGAACUUGGCCUAAAAAGUACAUUGUUUGAUCGACUAUUAGUAUCUGAUUCAAGUUUGGUACUCCUUGGUUUUAUCUUCAUUACUUUCUGUAUUUGGGCAUACACUGGCUCUAUAGUGUUGACCAUAACAACAAUAUUCGCAGUGGUAUUUAGUCUUGGUAUUUCGUUUGCAGUGUAUACUCUAGUUUUACGUAUUGAAUUCUUUCCCUUUAUGAAUCUACUGGCUAUUGUUGUUGCCAUAGGCAUUGGAGCAGAUGAUGCAUUUGUUUAUUGUAAAGUAUGGGAGUCUGGAAAACAGCAGAAACUUUCCAAUGGUGGAUUAGUACAUUUAGUACAAGUGACAAUGAAACAUGCUUUUCCAUCUAUGUUUGUCACAUCCCUCACUACAGCUGUAGCUUUUUUUGCAUCAAUUGUUAGUAAUGUGACUGCUAUCAAUUGCUUUAGUUUAUUUGCAGGCAUGACAGUUAUUGCUAACUUCUUCUUGAUGAUUACAUGGUUACCAGCAUGUGUGAUUGUAUCAGAGCAUUGUAAAUUAACUACGUUGUCGCCUGUCAAUUUUAUUACCAGAAAGAUUAUUCGUCCCCUACGAUCUUUGGGAAAUAAAGUAACAGUAGGAUUUACCGUUUUUCUUACUGGAAUAGUGAUUCGCCUACGAUUUUUAUGGUUACUAACUUUGGGAACUAUGGCAAUAGCAUGUUGCAUUAUUGUCUUCCAUCAUCCGGGUCUGGAAUUGCCGGAUUAUAUUGAUUUUCAAUUAUUCCAUAACACGCAUCCAUUUGAGCGAUACAAUUUAAUAUAUUCACAGAGAUUUUGGUUUGAACGACACGAAAUGAUUGGUAUGGACGCUGAAGUUUUACCUUUGCGAUUUGUAUGGGGCAUAAAACCGAUCGACAAUGGUGAUUACCUUAAUCCCAGUAAAAAAGGAACGCUAGAAUAUGAUACAACUUUUGAUAUUUCUAAUCCUAAGUCACAAUUAUGGCUCGAACAAUUUUGCAAAAAUUUACGGAGUCAACCCUUCUAUCGUAGUACUAUUGGACCUUUGGGACCGAAUUGUUUCAUCGAAUCGUUAGUUUCAUGGAUGAAGAGACGUUGUAAAGAUCCCGUUAACCCGAAUAUCGAAUAUUUACCGUGUUGCGAAAGUAGUAAAUUUCCAUAUACACCUAAUGUUCUACAGCAGUGUGCGGCUGAAGUUAGUACGGAGAUAGUUCGCACGCCUCAUUUGUGGAUUAGAGAUGGUGCGAUUUCUGCAGGUCUAAAAUUUUUAAAGGAACCAGAAUUGUCCUCGAUGACGCCGAACGAUACACUUUCGCUUAAAGUAACACCUAAAAUUAAAGCGCUUGUUGUUGAAUAUGAUAGCACUUACAUGUAUACUCUCUCAUUUACGAACAUGGAUAAAUUUUUUCAUCAAGUUGAGAGUUGGAUGCAAGAUCAAUUACAAAGUGCUCCUAGAGGCAUGCGAGGUGGUUGGUUUAUUAGUUCAUUCGAGUUUUAUGAACUACAGCGCACUUUGUAUGAGGGCACUAUAUGGGCAAUAGGAUUGUCAUUAAUUUUAGCUCUAAUAGUAUUAGCACUAGUUACUCUAAACCCCGUCAUCAGCCUAUAUGCCAUUGUAACUAUUGGUGCUGCGAUAAUAGUAACAAUUGCUAUACUUAUUCUUCUCGGUUGGAAGCUCAAUGUCUUAGAGAGCGUUGCAAUAUCUACAGCUAUUGGUCUUGCCGUUGACUUUAGUUUACAUUAUGCCGUGAGUUAUAGAGCCUGUAUUUCUGAAAGAAAAGUGGACAAGGUAAAAGCGGCGUUGCAACAAAUGGGCGGUCCAACUCUUAUGGCGGCGAUUACAAGCGGAGCUGCGGGCGCUUUAAUGUUACCUUCUCAUGUAUUAGCAUAUAUACAAAUUGGUAUCUUUUUAUUACUCGUGAUGGGCAUAAGUUGGAUAUAUGCCACAUUAUUCCUAUGUCCGAUGUUAGCAGUUAUGGGACCGUCUUCGCGCUUCGCUCAGUUUGAAUAUUCUAGAUUAAAAAUGUUAUUGAGCUGUUUUACUAAAUAUGAGGAUGAUAGCGUAGUUGAAGCCGACAAGGAUAACAAUCGAGCGAGAAAAGCUUAUAAAGGACGUGGAAUGCUGUCGGAAUCGACUCUAAGCACAUCCAGCUCUGUAUGUCAAUUUCAUUGCAGUGAAUUGGAAACUCUUGCAGCAAGACCUCCAUCACCAUCAUCUCCAUUAUCAACAUUACUUCGUUGAAAUAUAAUUAUUAUUAUUCUUUAAAUCUAAAUUAUUCUUUCUAGGAAUAUCAAUUUUUCAUCUUAAUAAAUCAUGUACUUUUUCAGAUUGUAUGUAAGACUAUCCAUAUGUGUUAUCUUAUAUGUAGAUGUGACAUCAUAUAAUUAAUGUGACUGUUGGCUGUGUUCAAAUAGCUUUAAGGUCAUCAUUGAGAUACAUAUGAUCUAUCAUUCAUCUACAUAUAUGUGCAAUGCACAUAAAUGCAUGUACAUCGACACAUGUAUGUAUA